AUGGCCCAAGACGUCGCUCUCCCAGAGCCCUUCUCUUCCAUCCCACGCACUUCGCUGCUGCUGGGCCCCUCGCCUAUCCACGCCCUCCCCCGCAUCAGCGCCGAUCUCGCACGCAACAGCCCGCACUCACCUGUCACCAUCUACGCCAAGCGCGAUGACCUAAACUCCGCAUAUGCCUAUGGUGGCAACAAAACCCGUAAGCUGGAAUACCUGCUUGCCGAUGCCCAGGCUCAAGGUUGUGACACGCUCGUCUCUAUCGGUGGCAUCCAGAGCAACCACACGCGCCAGGUGGCUGCCGUCGCUGCGCGCACCGGCCUGCAAGCACGCUUGGUCCAAGAACAUUGGGUGGACUGGGUCGAUCCCGGCUAUGAAACCGUCGGCAAUAUCCAGCUGUCGCGUCUAAUGGGCGCUGAUGUUCGUCUGGAUCCAUCCGGAUUCGGCAUUGAGCACAAGACAACUGCCCAGGCCGUUGUUGACGAGUGCACUGCCCAGGGUCAACGCCCCUACUAUAUCCCGGCCGGUGCCUCGGAUCAUCCGCUGGGUGGACUGGGCUUCGCUCGGUGGGCAUUUGAAGUCCGCGAGCAGGAACAGGCCCAGGGUGACUUUUUCGACACUGUCCUCGUCUGCGCCGUCACCGGCUCGACCUUUGCCGGCAUGAUCGCUGGCUUCAAGUUGCUGGAGCGGUUGCACCCGACCGACCCCAAGCGCAAGAUCAUCGGCAUCGAUGGCUCGGCUACCGUCGAGGCUACUCGUGCCCAGGUCCUGCGUAUUGCUCGCAACACGGCUGCCCGUAUUGGAUUGACAGCCGACGAUAUCACUGACGACGAUGUCAUUCUUGAUGAUCGAUACCACGCGGGCACCUAUGGUAUUCCCGAUCGUCAGACGUGGGACGCGAUCGAAUAUGCUGCGCGCAUGGAAGCCUUUAUCACGGACCCGGUGUAUGAGGGCAAGAGCUUUGCAGGAAUGAUCGACUUGAUCCGGCGUGGGGAGAUCCAGGGCGGCAAUGUCCUAUAUGCUCAUCUGGGUGGACAGCUCGCCCUGAACGCGUACUCGGAUAUUGGACGUACACAGGGUUAG